AUGCACUGUGAUAAUGAUCCAUCAUCUCGGUUUUGUGUUGUGGAGUGGACAAGGAAGAACAAUUAUCGGCAAUUCGGUGUUCAUUACAUUCAACAAUGGAAGAAGGUUCCUGUAGUCAAUGGUCCAAGAGAACCCUGGCAUGAUUUGCAUACUAGAAUUGAUGGUCUAGCAGCUUACGACGUUUUGACAAAUUUUGAAGAACGGUGGUUAAAGACAGCAAAACGCCAUGGAAUAAAGAAAAUAAAGAAGUCUUAUGAUGACGCCUUGCUUAAUAUUAGUAGAGUCCCAGAGAUUUUAGGUAUGCAUGAGUCACCAUAUAUAAACGAUACUGAUCCUGAGACUUGGCAUGUGCAGAUCUUCCGCUCAAUCGAUUCAAAUUCUGUCAAAGGUUUUCCUAAGGAUCCAAAAAUUGCUACUAGCAAGAAUCUAAUAUGUGGUAAAAAUGUACUGAUUGACAUGAGCAUACAUACUGCUUAUGUCAAGGCCAUACGUGCUGCCCAACACUUCCUUUACAUUGAAAACCAGUACUUUCUUGGUUCAUCAUACAAUUGGGAUUCAAACAAAGACCUAGGUGCAAACAAUCUGAUACCAAUUGAAAUAGCCCUUAAAAUUGCAAAUAAAAUUAAAGCUAAUGAGAGAUUUUCUGCAUAUAUAAUUGUUCCUAUGUGGCCUGAGGGUAACCCAACAGGUGCUGCUACACAACGAAUUCUCUAUUGGCAGGUUAGCCCUGGUUCUGAAGUAUAUCCUGUGUGAUAAAACUACUGCUGC